UCGCUGGCCACCUCGACUGAUACAUGGUGUCAGAAGUGGGGUAGCUCACGCCGAUGGAAACACAAUGGAGCAACUGCUGAAGCUUCCUGAACCACUACUGUUGUCUGGGAAUAUCGCCAAGAACUGGGAAUUGUUCCAGCAGAAAUUCGAGCUUUUUCUGGACGCAACGGAAUCGCCAAAAGAGCCCCGAACCGCGGCCGCCAAAACAGCACUGCUGCUCAGCACUGCCGGAGACGACGCAUUGGAGACAUGCUAUCAAGGGCUCCAGGGACAGCGACUAAGGACUACUCCGACGACACGGAAGAUGUGGAGGUCCACGCGGUUGCAGUCAUGUCAACCUUGGUAAGCGCUAGAACACUGGCCCGUCUGGCCAAAGCAACGGCGAAUGAUCAGGACUUGCAGUCAGUGAUGCGCUACAUUAAUGGCCACGGUGACAUUGUGGGUAUAAUGAAGCCAUUCGCGUCCGAGCUCUCAUUGAUUAAAGGCAUUGUAUUUAAAGGCAGCAAAGUUGUAGUCCCGAAGCCAAUGCGAAAGGAAGUUCUCGAACGUAUUCAUGAGGGACACAUGGGCUUGAACAAGUGCCAAGCAAGAGCCAGGGGCCUAGUGUUCUGGCCAGGGCUGAACUCUGAUAUCAAAAACCUGUUGCAGAGUUGUGCAGUUUGCCGCAAAUAUACGUACAAACAGCAAAGUGAGCCUUUUAUGAUCAGACCUACACCGGCCCAUGCAUGGUACCGCGUGGGCGUUGACAUUUUUCAGUACGGAGGCAGCUCGUACCUGUCCGUUUUUGAUGCCCAUUCGAACUUCCCGGAAGUGGAGAAGCUGACUCGUACAACAUCCAGUGCCGUAAUUGAGAAGUUGAGCGCCAUCUUUUCAAGAUACGGCAUUCCAAUGGAAGUCCACACGGACAAUGGGCCGCAGUUUUCGUCUUAUGAAUUUGCUCUUUUUGCAUCCAGGUACGACUUCAGCCACGUCACGUCGAGCCCCGAGUUCCCGCGAUCGAAUGGACUCGCUGAGAAGGGGGUUCAGAUUGUGAAAAGAAUCCUAAAGAAAACUGAAGAAACAAAACAAGACUUCUGGCUGGGGUUGCUCAACUACAGAUCCACUCCGCUCGAAGAUGGCCGCUCCCCUGGUGAACUCUUGCAGGGCAGGAGGCUUCGCACUCCACUCCCAGACUUCAGGCAGCAGCCAAGCAUACCAGUAUUCAAGCGAGCCCAGGCAGACACUCGGGGGAGAACAUUACCACCUCUCAAUACCGGCGAUGUCGUGAGAGUACAGGAAAAGACAUGGAAUCGCCGAGCUCAAGUUACCGAAGCAGUUGCACCGAGGUCUUAUCGAGUAGUUACCGAGGACAACAGAGUGCUACGUCGCAACCGACAGCAUCUGCUUCCAACUGGUGAGCUGUUCCAGCAAGAAGCCCUCGAAUGUGACGACCGGGAGAGCGAACGAGCGUGUGAAGCACUGCAACCCACGACACCAGCUGCAACUGGAGACUCGCCUGUGAGCUCCGAGAACAUUCCGCAGGCGCCGCCGCCCGUGACUACGACUGGACCGACUGUGAGCUCAACGGCUCCGCAGGCUCUUACAUUGCGCCGAUCUACCAGAGAUAGGAGACCACCGCAGCGGCUGCGGUACGACCGCAAUUUCAACCAAGUACUUGGCAUCUAUUCUCCACAGGAGGGAAGAUGUAUCGGGAAUGACGCACGUGCCAUGCCUGGUGCAGCGAUUCAUCGUGCUCGCCUAGAUUAGAUAUGCGCCUUGGUUGCCACACCCCUUGCGGCUAUAAAAGCACUGUACGUUCAGCAAUAAAGAGCAUUUGGUCGCUGGCC